CAGUGGAUCAAAUCGUCGGCACAUUUUUCAAAAAAAAAAUUGGAAGAACAAAGAAUCGGUGGGAAGAAGCAAAAAAGUUCAGUUCAUGCCUUCUUUUUCCUUUGAAUUGAACGAAUAUUUUCCAACUUUCCUUUCCCUCUCUACUCUGUGCUUCUUGUAUUUCCGAUGUCGUCCGCUCCGUCUUCGAGUCAGCCGGAGUUUGAUUACUUGUUCAAGUUGCUGUUGAUUGGGGACUCUGGAGUAGGGAAGAGUACGCUUCUUUUGCGCUUCACGUCUGAUUCCUUUGAGGAUCUUUCUCCCACUAUUGGUGUGGAUUUCAAGAUUAAGCAUGUGACAGUUGGGGGCAAAAAGUUGAAACUUGCAAUAUGGGACACAGCUGGGCAGGAGAGGUUUCGUACACUAACAGGUUCAUAUUACAGGGGAGCUCAAGGGAUCAUUAUGGUGUAUGAUGUGACUCGGCGCGAGACAUUCACAAAUCUGUCUGACAUAUGGGCCAAAGAAAUCGACAUGUAUUCUACAAAUCAGGAUUGCAUCAAGAUGCUUGUUGGAAACAAGGUGGACAAGGAAAGUGAAAGGGUAGUGAGUAAGAAAGAGGGAAUUGACUUUGCUCGAGAAUAUGGAUGCCUGUUUCUUGAAUGCAGUGCAAAAACUCGAGUUAAUGUGGAGCAGUGCUUUGACGAGCUUGUGUUGAAGAUUUUGGACACUCCCAGUCUUUUGGCUGACGGCUCAACAGGUCUGAAAAAGAACAUCUUCAAAGAGAAACCUCCUCAAGCGAAUGCAUCACCUGGUGGCUGCUGCUCAUAUUGAUUUUAUUCUAAGAAUUUCAGAAGCAUCUUCAUUUUGUUUUAGUUUCAACACCCCCUGAAGUCAAAAGGUUCAUGCUCUUCAUCUUCCCUUUUAUGGAUUAUGACUUUUAAAGUUCGUUCAACUAGAACAUCUGGCCGAGCGAUUUCCUUGUACUCUUUUAGUCUUUGUUACCAGGCCGACGAUUAAUUGAUUUAUUUUGGUGUGAGUUUGAUUUAACAUGAACUGGAGGGGAUCGUAUCAAUACUUCAAGUUUCAAGACCGACUUCUUUCAACUGCUCAAUCUAUGCACUAGCAGGUAGUAGAGCGUGUCUCGUAACUUUUUCGGCGGGACGAAUUGUGUUAUGCUUUACUUUUUAUUUUGUAAGAAAAUAUGCAUCUUGAUUGUUCUCUCCUUACAAGUUAUAGAGCAAGAAAGAAUGGUGCUCCAAACAAGAAAAGGCAAUUGAGUCUUGAUUUAACUAUUUAAGUUAAUGAAAAGCAUGGCGAGAAAGCAAAUCUGACUCGUAAA